GUUUUUCCAGCUGCUCUGAAAAGCCACGCUACUCGCCGGAUACGAUGUCCUGCCCAGGGGUUAGUGGUCCCCCCCAGCCAUCUGAGAGGACCCAGUGCUGCUGAAAUGAAAUGCUUAGAGAAGCAUGAGAUGCAAGGCUUUUCCUGAUGUUUUGCCUCAGCUGGUGUGGAUAGCGAAUUGCCACAGCUCAGCGCUGCGCUGCUUUGCACCACUGCAACUUUCUUCAGAGCACACUGUCGGUGAAACCCUCCGAUUCCCCUCUGCUCGCAAGCUGGGGCGAAGCCUGGAAUGAUUUGCCGGCUGGAAGGAUGUUGACUCUAGAGUGGGAGUCGGAGGGACUGCAAACAGUGGGUAUUGUUGUGAUUAUAUUUGCAUCUCUGAAGCUGCUUCAUUUGCUGGGACUGAUUGAUUUUUCAGAAGGUUUCCUCUACGCUCAGAACAGUACCAAACGCAGCAUUAAAGAGCGACUUAUGAAGCUCUUACCCUGCUCGGCUGCCAAAACGACAUCUCCUGUUACUCAAAACACUGUAGAAGAUGAAAUGGAAAUGGCCACAGUACGACAUAGACCUGAAGCUCUGGAACUGCUGGAAGCACAGAGUAAAUUCACAAAGAAGGAACUUCAGAUCUUAUAUAGAGGUUUCAAGAAUGAAUGCCCCAGCGGAGUUGUCAAUGAAGAUACCUUCAAAGAAAUUUACUCUCAGUUCUUUCCACAGGGAGAUUCCACAACUUAUGCACAUUUUCUGUUUAAUGCAUUUGACACUGAUCAUAACGGAUCGGUAAGUUUUGAGGAUUUUGUUAAGGGUCUCUCAAUUCUACUCCGAGGGACUGUGCAGGAGAAACUGAACUGGGCUUUCAAUUUGUAUGAUAUAAAUAAGGAUGGAUAUAUAACUAAAGAGGAAAUGCUUGAUAUCAUGAAAGCAAUAUAUGAUAUGAUGGGGAAAUGCACUUAUCCUGUUCUCAAGGAGGACGCACCUAGACAACAUGUGGAAACGUUUUUCCAGAAAAUGGACAAAAACAAAGAUGGAGUAGUUACCAUAGAUGAGUUCAUUGAGAGCUGCCAAAAAGAUGAGAAUAUAAUGCGCUCCAUGCAGCUCUUUGAAAAUGUGAUUUAAUGAAGAUGUUAUUAGCUCAGCAACUAAUGGACAAAUAAGAGCUAUUCUGCAACAUUACCUAAAAGACGGAUUUCCCAUAUUUAUCAUAAAUAAAACUACUCAGCUUUACACUGAGAUAUGUAUUAUGCAAAUAAGCCUUUCUUCAUUAUUAAUCCCCCAAUUUUCCAAUUGUUAUCUAAUUUAUUACUUCAACAGAUCUUAGGUAAAGAUAAUUGUUAAAAUAAAGUCAGCUUUCUACUCCAAAGCCAGACAAAAUAGGACCAGGCAUAUACAGCUUUAUUAUCAUUCUAACACCUAGAUAAAAUAGAUAUCACCACAAGGAGAUUAAAAGUUGCUAGUUUUGCUACUCAUUUAUACUGGAUUCAGCUUCAGCUAUUUGGCUGUAUUUCUUAAUUGUUAGCUUCUAAUUUAUACAGAGGCAUUACCAUGUAUUUUCUUUUCACAUUUCUAGGGCGUAGUUCUCAUUCUUUUUUGAAUAAUACUUUUGAGUUAAAGUGCUAUAAUCAAUGUGCAAUGCACAUCUUCCUGCAAUGGCCUUCCACCUUUGACUUGCUUCUCUCCUCUUAAAAAAAAAGCAGAACAAAUUAUGAGAGGAACAACCAUUUUAUAACAAAAAAAGAAACAGAGGUAGAUUUACUGCUAGUAAGCUUCAAUCAUUCAGAAAAGCUAAUAAAUCUGCAUUCAAUUUUUUAUGACAUUUAUAUCAGGAGUCUGAUAUACUGUAUUUCUAAUUCUUGUUGGAUGUGUCAUUUCCCUGCUUAAAAUCAAGGAUGUUCUGAGUUGACCCUUCUCCUGAAGAAAACUUUAGUUUUAGAUCUUAGUAGUGUUUUCAUAAGUAUGUGUCUUACUGCCUUGAAAAAGUUCUUUUUCUGCUUUAGAAAGUUCUUUUGAAGCUUCCA